AUGACUGUCAAUGGGAAGAAUGGCACCUGCGCGGAUUUUGCGCCGAACGCGCACCCGCAGAAACCCAAACAUGUGGAGGAAAGGGGAAACUGGGCGACCAAAGCCGAAUUCAUCCUGACUGUGAUGGGAGCGAUCAUCGGACCUGGGAAUGUCUGGAGGUUCCCUUAUCUGUGCUACAGAAACGGUGGAGGUGUGUUCUUCAUCCCCUACAUCUUGUUCAUAUUCGCGUGCGGGAUCCCUUUAUUCUUCCUCGAGACUGCCUUGGGACAGUACACCAGCCAGGGUGGGAUUACAUGCUGGAGAAAGAUUUGUCCUCUUUUUCAAGGAAUGGGCUAUGCCAGCCACCUAAUCAUCUCAUUCAGCGCAACCUCCUACAUUACCAUCCUGGCCUGGGCGUUUUUCUACCUUUUCUCGUCCUUCAGUGCUGAACUCCCGUGGGCCACUUGUGGCCACUACUGGAACACAGAGUCAUGCUUGGACAUCAACAACGAAAAUGUCAACAUCACAGCCAGCAACACAGCCAGGCUGAAUAGCACUCUCCCUGUUGUAGAGUUCUGGCAGCAUCGCGUCCUAAACAUCUCCAGUGGCAUUGAAGACCUGGGCAGUCUGAGGUGGGAACUGGUCCUGUGCCUCAUCCUGAGCUGGGUCAUCUGCUACUUCUGCAUUUGGAAGGGCAUCAAGUCAACAGGGAAGGCAGCCUACUUCACUGCCACCUUCCCCUACGUCAUGCUGUUUAUUUUGCUCAUUCGUGGGAUUACCCUGCCGGGGGCCAUGGAUGGACUCGUCUAUUAUCUCUACCCUGAUUUGUCCCGUCUCUCAGACGCACAGGUGUGGAUGGACGCCGGGACUCAGGUGUUCUUCUCGUACGCCAUCGGACUCAGCUUCCUCACCUCUCUGGGGAGUUACAACACUUUUAACAACGACUGUUACAAGGACUGCUUCUACUUGUGUCUUCUGAACAGCGGCACCAGCAUCGUGGCCGGCGUGGCCAUCUUCUCUGUUCUGGGUUUCAUGACGUACGAACAGGGAGUGGACAUUUCCGAAGUGGCGGCAUCAGGCCCGGGGCUGGCGUUUAUCGUGUACCCCCGUGCCGUUGCGGCGAUGCCCAUGCCUCAGGUGUGGUCGGUGUGUUUCUUCCUCAUGAUCAUCCUGCUUGGACUCGACAGUCAGUUUGUCGGCCUGGAGUGUUUGAUGACGUCCCUGGUGGAUCUGUUUCCGUCGUACCUGCAGCGUGGGCACAGGCGUGAGCUGGUUCUGCUCGCUAUUUGCUGCACCUGCUGUUCUCUGGGUCUCCUGCUUGUCACUGAGGGUGGGAUCUACCUGCUCCAGCUGUUAGACCACCACGUCUGCAGCGGCACCACCUUGCUCCUCCUCUCUCUCUGCCAGUCCAUCAGCAUCGGCUGGAUCUAUGGUACCGAUCGUUUCUAUGGUAACAUCACUGAGAUGAUCGGCUAUCGUCCACACCCGAUUAUGAAAUACUGUUGGCGCUACAUCACUCCCUUCAUCUGUUUUGGCACGUUCAUCUUCUCCAUCGUCAAAUACUCGCCGCUGAGGUUCAACAGCACCUACGUUUAUCCGCUCUGGGCCAACAUCCUGGGCUGGUUCAUCGCCACCGUGUCCCUCUCUCUCAUUCCUCUGUUCGUGAUCUGGAAGCUGAUCCAGGGAAAAGGCACGCUCCGACAGCGCCUGACCGUGCUCUGCACGCCCGUGGACGAAGUCCCGCUGGAUCAGAAGCGCCCUCCGUCACAAACCAACGGCACCACUUCUUUGCACAAAGAGCUCGUACCUCUGUCGCAUAAAGGCGGACUCACUCAGUGA